GCGAUAAUCGCAGCUGAAGAAUUUGAAAUACAAGAAAAUAUUCAAAAACAAUUAGAAAAUGCAAUAAUCAAAGUGAAAAAAUCACCAGAGAUGAUGACAACCAAUGUGAAGGAAUUCCCGGAAAUAUUAGAGUAUCAAAAAUAUCUUCAACAACUUAAAGAUUUUGAUAAUAAUCUUUUAAAAUACAAAGAUUUUAAUAUGACUAAUUUGGUGUUUGAUAUUAUUUUCAGUUUAGCUAAUUCAAAAACUGAAAUCUUCUCAUUUAUUGAAAAAUUUUAUAAUACUGAUUUAGAAAAUGAAACUAAUUCAUUUGAUGAAAUCGAUAAAUAUUUAAAAUCUUUACCUGAAUGGAGUAAUUAUUGUACUGAGAUUACUAACCAAUUUGAAGAUCUUAAUAAUCUUGUUAAUAAUAUAUUAGAUAGUGUCUUUAUUUUUGAGAUGCAAGAAAAAUUAUUAACUAAAAUGGAUAACAUCAGAAAAGAAUUAUGCAAUCAGUCAGAAAAAAUUGAUAAAUAUAAAUCAAAGAAAAUUAAGAAAAUUAAUAUAUUUACAGAUUAUGAAAAGAAAAUAAAUCAAGAAAACGAAGCGAUAUAUUUAAAUUUUAUUCGUAUCAUUGAGUUAAAAUUAGUAUAUGAUUCAAUUACUGAAUUGAAAACUUUAUUAAAGAGAUUAAAACUUUUGGAUUCUCAAAAAAUAUUAGCAACCAAUAAUAUUAUAUCAACUAAGAAACAGUCUAGUGAAUAUCAACUUGGUGAAAAAAAAGCAACUAAAGAGGAAAUCUCUAUUCCACUAACAAAGAUAGCUAAUGAAAAAAGAAACUCUCUAAACCAAGAUUAUACCACAGGAAAAGUAGAGAACAACAACUCAAAUCUAGUACAAAAGACAAACACCUUAUCUUCUGAUUCAAAACUCUCUGAACCAAAAGGCAAAACUGUAAUAGCAGAUACACAGAAAAACAAAAAAAGGAAGAACAAGAAAGGAACACAUGAGAAUAAUAUAGUAAUGACAGAGGCAACCACCUCUGGACAAGGCUCCUCUUCUCAUUAG